AGAAGCUGCGGGGCCAGGCAGCGAGAGGCGCCCAAGGAGCCGGCAUGGGCCAGCGCGGGGAAAGCGCCCUGCGCGCCCACCCGCUGUGACGGCCGCCUGGCGUGGCGCGCCCAGGCUGGGCUUGGCCGGGGCAGCUCCGGAGCGCCCUGCACCUGUGGGCGUGACCCGCUUCCCCCUCCCUCCUUGUAUUGCCAGGGCCGCCGCCGGGGCUGCAGCAGCAGAGGCGCCAAGGGGCUGAGAGCGGAGCCGGUGCUUGGAGCGAAGCGGCCGGGGGGAGCUGCGGCGGCGGCAGCCCCAGCGCCUCUGUGUAAAGUGUCCCGUGAGCCAGGGAUUCUUGCUGCCCCUUCUCCAUCCAAGCCCCGAGCAGCCGGCGGGAGGGGAGAUCUGGCUCGGCUGGCAGCGCCUGCUCCGGGGCUCCCCGGCCGGCGUGUCUGCCUGGCUCUGCCGCCGUUCCCAGCUGUUGGCAGGCGCAGCUCCCAGCCCAGCCCAGCCCCCGCCGGCCUUGGGAGCGGAUCUGCCUGAGUUCCCUGCCGCUGUGGAGUUACCGGCAGUCACCUGGCCAGCGGGGGGCGGCCCGUGAAUCGGCCCCCACCCCGUGUGCUGCGCCCCAGUGCUGCAUGGGGCUGUGAAGUGGCUGCAGUGGGGCAGGGAGUUACCCUAAAGCUGCAUUUGGGCUGGAAAGUGGGGAGGUUUCCAUCCGAGUCUCCUCGUGACUGUAAGUGAUUUAAGAAAAUUCAGGGGGUGGCUUUUUUUCCCGCGGGGAGGGGGCGGAAACGAGCAAACCAACAAAAAACUUUCUCAAAUAAAAAGCCUAAUUUGUGGCUCAGUAGCACUAGGCAUCUUAACCCCCACAACAUCCAAAACGCUGGUGAAUCGGUGCCACGGUACAGGAGGAAACCCAUCGAAGCACCCACCCCCGCACAGAGGUUUUUCGAUGCUUUAGAAUUAUUUUGCUUUCUCGCUGAAAGAUGCUUCCUGCAGGGUUGCCGAUGCUCAACCUUUGGAUCUUGUGAAGAUGUUUUUCUUUGGGAUUACACGUGGAGAAAGGCGAUCCAUCAAGGGGAGAACUGGCUGGUGAAACUAACUGACAUUCUUGCUCCGGGGAAGUGGCUUCAAUGGCUCCAUCUCCCAGGACAAGCAGUAGAAAAGAUGCCAACGCAUUGCCAAGCAUGUCCUCAACUUUCUGGGCAAUCAUGAUCCUGGCUAGUCUUCUAAUCGCCUACUGCAGUCAACUGGCUGCAGGUACAUGUGAGAUUGUUACUUUGGACAGAGAUAGCAGCCAGCCCCGAAGGACUAUAGCCCGACAAACAGCUCGCUGUGCAUGUAAAAAAGGACAGAUUGCCGGUACAACAAGAGCAAGGCCAGCCUGCGUGGAUGCACGAAUUAUCAAAACAAAACAGUGGUGUGAAAUGCUUCCAUGUUUAGAAGGAGAAGGCUGUGAUUUGCUAAUCAAUAAAUCAGGCUGGACCUGUACACAACCGGGUGGGCGAAUAAAGACAACCACGGUCUCCUGACAAAUGCAGCAGCAAAGAAUUCUCGUAUGAGUGGUCUAGGUUCUGUGUGAGCUACUUACCUUAGUCAAGUUUCACUGCUGUGGAUCAUCAUCCAUUAUAUGUCAUCAAUUCAACUGUCUGUUUCUCUAUAUCUCAUAAAAGACAGCAUAAUUCCUCUACAUUAUGAGCUAAAAGUCUGUUCUACCAUUCUAAGGAGCACUGGACUAAGGAAUAUAGAUAUAAGAGAUACGCUUGGGCAUUAGCAAUACAAAAAGUUCAUGGUUAACGUUUCAUCUGCGUUAUACACCACUGCUGGACUUGAUGUUACCUACAUGUUUUGAUCUGAAGAGUCUACUGCACUGAAGAGUAUUCAUCCCAAUCAGCCUUAGAGAAGACUGUUUUGUCUAUGGGAGGACACUGAGGUGCAAAAGAGAAUCUCUUCUUGUGCCCUGGACUGUCUGAAUUGCUUUUAUUUUCUUAUUCUUUCAGUAUAUACAAUAGACCAAAGAGCAAAAUCUAUUUUAAAGUGGACACAAUCUUACUGUUAAGAGAGCUAUCUGGGUUAAAUUGUAGAGUGGUCUCCACAAAGACAUGAUUUCAACUCUCACAAAGCUGAGAUGUUCCUGUACAGCAGAAGUCUUUAUGGAACACUGCAGUAAAAACUAAACUAGAAAAUUACUCUUGAAAACCACAUUAUAAACAAUGAAAUGGAGCAUGGAGAGAAAACAGCGUAUGUUUGAAAAACUACAAACUGUCUACAUGGCACCUUUAUUCCUCUGUACUUAGAUUGACUUUCUCGUACUAAAAUAAUUUUCAGUUUUAACCAGUUAAACAUGCCUCUUCUACAGUUCCAUUUUUUGAUAGUUAAAAUUGGAUAAUACAGUAUUUGCAAAGAGCAUGUUUGGUCAUCUGUGGCCUAUGUCUCAUCUGAUACACCAUUUAGCACCAGAAAGCAAAUUAAAGAAAAAAAAAAAGUAACACUUGUUUGAAAGAGAUCAUUAAAUGUAUUUUGAAAAGCCUAAAGUUAUAUAUUUAACAGUUUUUAUAUGUUGUAUAUUUGUAGAAAAUCCUAUUUAACAAUUAACGUGGUAACUCUGACGGUCAUGACAAAUGGUUCAGAGUUAAGUUGUGUUUUAUUACUUCAGUUGUCUCUAAAGUGACAGGUGUCAUUUGCUUUCUUCCAUUAGGACAUUCUGGAUGUAAAGCAUGACCAGAGAGGACUCUGUAGAAAAAGCAAAGAAUAAUGUUGUUUCUAUUACAUAAAUGCAUUCAACCAUUGCACUGUUGGAAGGCAUUUUUUUUUGUCUUUAUGUACUGGUAAAAAUAGAGUGUAAAAUAUUUUAAUCAUGGCUUUCCAUACUGAGGUUUUUUUUUCCCCCCUCUCUCUCUCUCUCUCUCUCUGUCCUUCUCCCCACCCUCCUCUACAUAAUACAGUAUAAAGGUCAAUUUGCGGCCUGUUCCUUGACCCAGAUUCAAUGUUUUACCUCAUCGUUAAAAAACCCACUUUUUUGGCAUUAUCAGGUAGUGAAAAGUUAAUGCAGAGACAGCAUAGAAAAGAGGGGAAAUAAAGAUAAAAAGAUCCCUCACUCCCUAUUACUGUACCUUUCUAUAUAUGUCUGGUACAUAUUGAUAUGAUGAAAUCAACAAAUGAGCUUAACUUCUUCCUGGCAAAUGUAUUCCAGUUUUAACUAUUUCUCCAAGUUUCCACUGUAGUAUACUACCUAAUACUCCAAUUAACUUUUAGUACUAUGCUAGUUCUAUGCUACUAAAGAAAAAUAUAUAGAGACUGUUCAAGCAACCAUAGAUAAAAAAAUACAAAAACAAAAGGUUAUUUUUUUUUGUAAGGCCUGUUCCACUAUUCAGGCUUAUUUAAUACACAGGUUGCAGAAACCAUGAAUUAUAGGUGACUGUGUCUUUUGAGUAAAAUAAAUAUAUAAGAAUUUCUUAUUUAAUCUUAAGGUUUUCGACCAGUAUCAAAGUAGCAAUUCAAUGCCAGUCACUUGAAAAGUGUUAUGAACUGACUGCACUAUAAAUGACCAAUGUCUGGUUUAAAAUGUCAUGCAAUAAACGAUGGUAAAUACAUUUACUGUACUACUAGAACUCAAGAGCCAGAUCCCUCACUCCACCAAUUUUCUGUUUUGUUUCAGUUUAUUUUUAAAGGGAGUGUAGUAGCCUUAUUUAGUAAACAGAGAAAAACUAAAGAUGUUACAUUUUUGUUGCU